AUGACCCAACUGUACGAACAGACCGUGAAGGCGCUUUCGCCUCAAGACAUUUUGGCCAAGUGGUCCGACGUGACGCCGUUGUCCAAGGUGUCGGGGAUCCCCCGGUCAGCUGGGCUGACGCUGUCGAAGGAGGACACCCAGCUCUUCGCGGGCCACGAUGAGGAGCAGAUCAAGUUGAUGGAGGAGUUGUGCAUCGUGUUGGACUACAACGACCAGCCGGUGGGGCUGGGCACGAAGAAGUUGUGUCACAUCAUGGACAAUAUCAACGACGGGUUGUUGCACCGGGCGUUCCUGGUGUUCUUGUUCAACGAGGACGGUAAGCUUUUGCUUCAACAACGCGCCGAUGAGAAGAUCACCUUCGCUAACAUGUGGACCAACACCUGCUGCUCCCACCCUCUUUGUGUGCCGCAAGAGCUCGGGGUGCUGACUGGUGCCGACGAUGUUAACGCGUUGGAAAACGCCGUCCAAGGUGCUAAGAACGCUGCUCAGCGCAAGUUGGAGCACGAAUUGGGGAUCCCCCCUCAAGAAAUCCCCGUCGACAUCUUCGAGUUCUUGACGAGAAUCCACUACAUGUCGCCGCUGGGAGACGCCACCUCGAAGUGGGGUGAACACGAAAUCGACUACAUCUUGAUCGGUAAGGUGCCUAACAGCCUCACCAUCGACGCUAACUACAACGAGGUCAGAGACUUCAAGUGGGUGUCGCAAGCGGAAUUGGAACAGAUGUUCCAGGACCUGAACUUGGUGUUUACCCCCUGGUUCAAGUUGAUCUGCCAGAAGUUUUUGUUCCAAUGGUGGAACAAGUUGGACAAUUUGGCCCAAUUCAAGGAUGACCAGAUCCACAGAAUGUUGCAAUGA